CAACCAGAGUACACCUUACUAAAACCAUAAGAGUCGCAUACCGUCUUAGACACUACGGUUAAGCUAAACAUUUAACGAAUAAAAUCCUUUUGCUUUCUUAAUGUCCAGCACAUUUUCGUUGACAAAAUGUUCCAUUAGAUGGUUCGUCAUAAUGGCAAUCAGAAAUUUCAAAAGAGUACUGAAUCGUAAACACUUUACACUUGUUUUUGAUAACAUUUUUAAAACAUGUGAAGCGUGACGCAAAUGGGCAGUUUGUAUAGAAAUGCUUAGGCCACAAUAAUGUUUUUAUAGAAAAAUUAAUAAACGUAAAGAAGGAAAAUAAGACACAAUUAAUUGUAUCGUUGUUCGAGUCCAUUUAAAUUGUAAUAUUAAGAUCUAUAAUGAAAUAGAAUGCGUUUCAUGAACAAGAAUACAUUUCAGUAGCUGCAUUCAAUUCCAAAUACAAGGUGGUGACCAAAAACUUCUCUUUCAUGUGAAGGCGCUAUAUUCUUUUAUUAAAGCACAAAAAAUUUAUGUUACAAACAUUCAUAAUGCCUGGACUCAAUUUAAAAAAACUAGUGAAAUAAGUGGAGAAAAAAAAAAGCUUGUUAAAUCUUGCGCGAGUUUGAUACGAGGGAUACCAAAAAACAUGCACUUUGAUGGAAAAAAUGUAGAAUUCUAGGCGAAAACAUGUGCUCAUGCAGUUGUACGUUGAUCAGAAUUCAACAUACGCUCAACGUUUGAAUUCUAAAAAAAAAAUGCUCGCCUUUAACGUAUAAGACAAAUCAGUAAGAUUUUUUUUCAAAUACCCGUGUCUACCGGGUAUAUUCAAGUUGUAUAAGGACGUGAUUUCGUUUUAUCAUUUUUUAAAAGAUUACUAAAAUGAAUAUAUUAGCACGUUGUUUAAACCAAUUAUUUUGUUGAUAAAAAAAAACCAAUUGCUUACUGGGGUACUUCCGCAUAACAAUAUCAUACUAUAAAACGAUAAAAAAGCAUUGCAUGUAAAAUGAUAAGUCAUUAUUUAGCAGCAAAAGAAAAUGAAACAAUAAUGUAUCAGUAAACGAAUUCAUACAAUGACGAAAAAUUCACGAUUCUAUGAUAGGCAUUAAUACCUUCGAGUAGAAUAAAAACUGUAUUAACUAUUGAAAACUCUUAAAGUUCCUAGGGUAUCUCAAAUGGACGUUUCUUUUUGAACAUCAUCAACGCAUCUUGUAAUAUUUUUAUAUUGGUCUGUAAAUUUACCACUUGUAAAUGCAGUAAAACUUUCAAUCGAAAUCAUCGCUUUUCUAAACAUAUUCAAUCAUUGAAUCCGACUCAUUAUGCCAGUAUCAAAAAGUUAAUGCUAUUUUGACACAGAAACAUCCAACACUGACAAGAAAGUUGACAUUCCAAUUUUAAAUUACGUUCAAUCACAGUGAAAUUUUUUUUAGUACUGCAUUACUCACCUAAUUUCACCCUCAUUGAAUUAUAAAGAAAAAAAAAACCAACUAGUUUUACACUAUUAGGUAACACAUUUGAAGAAUAUUUUUCAUUUUUUUUUUCUCAGUGACGUCUUUAAACAUUAUUCCGAACUCCAAUGUGUAAUAAUAACAAUGAAAAUAGUAAUAACUUUAAUAAAACAUUUGAGCCAUUAAAUAGCUCAACGCUUGAACCAACAGAAUGUAUUUAUUCCUGGGCUCAUCUUGAUGCUUUUUCACCCAAAUAUGACAACUCUCGUGCCGAUCGUGCCUCAUAUAAUUUAGAUGAUUUCUCUAAUAAUUCUUGUGGAUUAGAUCACUUUAAUUCUAUUUUUCAAUCCGAUUCAAAACCCGAAACCAUUUACAAUGAGACUUUUUUAAAUGAUCAUGAUUCACUUGAUGAAAAGCCAUUUAAUAAAAAUCAAUCCUCGAAAAAAUUAUAUAAUAAUAAAACUACCAUUUCAACUGAUUUUUUAUCACCAAAAUAUAUCACGUCACCCCGCUGGUCUUCUGAAACAGCUCUUUCCAUUCAUUCAUUGAAAUUCUCUGUACCUUUAACAAAAUCAUUAGAUGACUUUCAUUACGCUUCGUAUCCUACUCCCUCAUCUGUCUUUAAACUCAAUCGUCUUUCAGAUGUCACUACAAAAAGCAUUGAAGCUUCUCAUCAAUGGAAUCCAGUGUCUGACGGUUUUUCAGAAAAGUUUAAUCAUCCAACAUCCUUAUCAUUGAAUGAUUCCGAUUUCACAGCUUUGUGUCAUGAUACAUUAGCCUUCAAAAAUAAUGAUAUAGAAAGUAGUAGCACGUUAUGCUGCAACUCGACCCCUCAUCUUAGUGAUAUUUCCAAAAGCGACUUUACAAUGGAUGUUAUCUCAACACCAAACAUUUUAUCAAAUACGCAUAAGUUUCUCGACGUUCAUGAUAACCGAAAAGACAAGGAUACUUUAAUCAACAAGGUUUUUUCACAAAACCAGAACAAUUUACCAUCAAUAUUUUGUAAUGCUACCUCAAAUAAAUUGUCAGAAUCUUUCUUGUCUGAUUGCUUUAAAAAUUUACAAAAAAAAAAAAUGGAAAAAACAACAACUAAGGAUCAAUGGAUCCCCAUGCAAGAAACUCUUGUUUGCCCAACUGAACAAGUUAAAAACGCAACUAUUAUAUUUCACGUAGCUGAUGCUAGACGCCAUAAUAUCACUCAAGCAUCUCUUCAAAAAAAUCAAUUUUUAGAGCGUGAAACUCACGUUCGACCUACGAAUGACUCAUCAACCUCACCUAUUUUAGCAUCAUCCUCUAUUGGAAUUCAUCCUCAUAGCUUUUUGCCAUGCGCAACAUAAUCCUAAGAAAAAAAAGUCUAUUGAGAUCAAUGUGUAUGCGUUCGAGUAUUGUAGGAUCAAAAAAAUUUAUUAAUUAUAGCACGUCCUGACGGUCGUAUUGAAUAUUUACGCUGCAAUGUUAAUGAAGCUCUUUCUCGGUGUUAGUUUUAUAUCAAGCCUCAGUAUCAUCAAUUUAAAAUAUUUCUGUAUCUGGAUAAUACUUCAAUAGUGAUUGGUUUAAGUAUUUUUUUCUUUUUAAAUGAAUCCCUUUAUUCUUUUUUAAAAGAUGGUUCUUUAUCAAUGUUUAUCGCUUUGCUUAAUUUAUUUUUUUUCUUUUCAAUUAUUUUCUUGUUUCACUAUUUUGUAAUUUUCUGCAGCUUUUCUCUUGCCGUUUGUUAGUCGUCGAGCAAGAAAAAGCGAUACGCCGCAGCUUUUUCUCAUUGACAAAACUUAAAAUAAAUUAAUGUAUUUAAUUUGAUUCGUGAUUUCAAUAGAAAUUAAGAAUGAAACUCAACUCUUUCCAUCUUUGCUACUAGAAACUACUAUAAACCAAUAAAGAAAAGAAUGAUCAAAAAACAUACACGCACGCACAUUGCAAUUAAAAGAGCACAUUUACAAUGUAUCCGAAUUCCUUUAUAGAAUCAACUACAUGUAUCUUUUCUACCACGCUCUUUCUAGUCAUUAAUCAUUUUCCUUCUUAUUUACCAUCAAUCCAGUAAUUAUAAAGUCACCGUUUUGAGCAACAUAAACAGUAGAGAAGAAUAAUAGUCUUGUAGAAAUUUAAAAUCAAAGACAUUUUCCUUUUAUUGUUUUCGCUAGUUGCGUGAAGGAAAAAAGCAAGCGGAAUUUCUGUUGCAUGAACACCAGGUGAGCGGAUUACCGUGACUGUUUUUUUGGAAGCAAUUACAUCUUUUUCAAUUUACAACAAUGCAACAACAUGAAUCUUGUCCUCCUAAAGAAAGCGAUCAAGCUUCAGUACCACUCAAAGGUUCGGGAAAAGAGUGUGAUCAAUUAUUAAAUCAAGACAUUCAGUGUAUUCCAUUAAAUGACGUUCCGUCCAAAACUCAUAAUGAAAACCUUUUAAAAAAAAAAAAGAAAAAAAAGAAAAAAAAAAACAUCAAACUGAAUGAUCUGCCUGAGCAAGAUAAUUCAAUGUUUCGAUGUUUGAAUAAUUGGCCAAGCGUGAAAGACUCGUGUCAAACAGAUCCGCCAACAAUACCAAUUAUUAACAUGUUUCCAGAUAAAAUAUUUCCUCUAGGUGAAAUUCAACAAUAUGUAGGGUCCAAUGUUUAUCGAACAACUGAUGAAGAAAAGCGUCACGUUGAUAAACUUUUUGAAGAAGAUUACCAAGAUAUUCGUUGUGCCGCUGAAUGCCAUAGACAAGUACGAAAGUAUGCUCAGUCCUAUUGUCGGCCAGGUAUGAGUAUGAUUGAUAUUUGUCAACGACUUGAAGCCAAAACGAAAGAACUUAUUUUGGCUUCUGGUUUACAAUGUGGAUAUGGAUUCCCUACUGGAUGUUCCAUCAAUCAUGUUGCAGCUCAUUAUACACCAAAUUAUGGCGAUAUGACCAUUUUAAAUUACGAAGAUGUUGUGAAAUUAGAUUUCGGUGUUCAUGUUCGAGGUCGAAUUAUUGAUUCCGCUUUUACUAUAGCUUUCGAUCCAAAAUAUGAUAAUCUUGUUCAAGCAACAAAAGAUGCAACGAACGCAGGAAUACGGGAAGCUGGAAUUGACGUUAAAAUAUCUGAAGUUAGCGCUAUCAUUCAAGAAACAAUUGAAAGUUACGAAAUUGAAUUGAAUGGAAAGUUCAUUCCUAUAAAACCAGUUGCGAAUCUUAACGGACACUCCAUUUUGCCAUAUCAGAUUCAUGGAGGAAAAUCUGUUCCAAUAGUUAGAACAACUUUAUCCGACAUUAUGGAGGAAAACGAAGUGUAUGCUAUUGAGACUUUUGCAUCAACAGGACUUGGACGUGUCAUAGAAUCAGGGGAGUGCAGUCAUUAUAUGAAAGACUACGAAAAGGGUUUCGUUUCUCUUCGUUUAAAAAAUAGCAAAUCGCUUCUUCAUGCUAUAGAACAAAACUUUGGUACCCUAGCUUUCUGCAGACGAUGGCUUGAUGAUAUUGGUCAAACACGUCAUUUAAUAGCUUUGAAAAAUUUGGUUGAAUCUGAAGUAAUAGUACCGUAUCCACCUCUUGUUGACUGCAAAAAUAGUUAUGUUUCACAAAUGGAACAUACAAUUCUCCUUCGUCCGACUUGUAAAGAGGUUGUUUCAAGAGGAUGCGAUUAUUAAAAUCAUUAUUUACAAUUUUACUA